AAACCGCUGACAGGUAACUGCUUCCCUCUCACUUUUGUGUUCCUUCCCUUUGCUCUCCCAAAGCGACAGAUCUCGUCUGACAGUGACCACUUUUCCUGUUUCCUUGCACACCUAAUCACAUACUUGGCGCAUUUUGUUUCAAGUGCACAUACCACUCUUAAUUCAGCAUCGCGAACAUCCGGAAAUAUGACAGCUCCAGAAGAUGCGGCGCAAGCCCUCCCGUCGCAUACCCCAGAUGCCACACGGAAUGUCAUGACAGCAGCCGACAGAGGCACGACACGAGCGGAAAAAGACGAACAUGCACAAGCACAACCCAAAGCGCAGCGCCCCGGCAUGCCUCGCUUCACAACAAGUAAAGAGAAUGUGCUCGCACAAUUCUUCAUUGGUGCGAUUGACCAAGGAACGACCAGCACAAGAUUCAUCAUCUUCGAUGGGACAGGCCAGCCAGUCGCCAGUCAUCAGCACGAAUUCACACAACAUUAUCCGCAAUCAGGUUGGCACGAACACGACCCUCAGGAACUCAUAGCCAGUGCCGAGAACUGCAUCAAAAGAGCCACGGCGACUUUCCAGGAUCUUGGUCACGAGAUCAGCGACAUUCGAGCGAUUGGUAUCACCAACCAAAGAGAGACCACUCUUGUAUGGGACAGCGAAACUGGCGAAGCACUUCAUAAUGCAAUUGCUUGGCCGGAUACUAGAACAAAAGGUCUGGUUCGAGAACUACAAAAGAAAGAAGAAGAGCUCGGAAUGAACUUCUCAGAGUUGACUGGUAUGCCACUGUCAACCUACCCAUCUGCAGUGAAGUUGGUUUGGAUGCUGCGGCAUGUGCCGAAGGUGCGAGAAGCAUACGACAAUGGCCGACUCGCAUUUGGCACUGUCGAUACCUGGUUGCUUUACAACCUCAAUGGCAAGAAGAUGGACUUCUAUGUCACGGAUUCUACAAACGCAUCGCGGACUAUGUUCAUGAACCUUCACACUGUGAAGUACGAUCCGAAGCUUCUGGAGUUCUUCGACAUCGACAUUAACAAGCUGCACCUACCGCGCAUAGUGCCUUCUUCUGAUGCCGACGCAUACGGCAGUAUCGCGUCUGGUCCUUUGGCCGGCAUGAAAAUUGCAGGCUGCCUAGGAGAUCAAUCUGCUGCUCUCGUUGGGCAACAAGGUUUCACUCCUGGCUCUGCCAAGAACACAUACGGCACUGGUUGCUUCCUUUUGUACAACGUCGGAGAAAAGCCUGUCGUCUCGACUCACGGCCUCUUAGCCACGAUCGCAUACGAUUUCGGGAGACACCGGAAGCCCGUGUACGCGCUUGAGGGCUCAGUUGCCGUGGCUGGUUCAGGUGUCAAAUUCCUGAUGAACAACAUGGGCUUCAUCACCCACUCCCACAAGAUCUCAGAUCUCGCAGCAACUGUCGAGGAUAACGGAGGCUGUGUUUUCGUCACCGCUUUCUCUGGUCUCUUCGCACCAUACUGGAUCGACGAUGCAAAGGGAACAAUCUUCGGCAUUACCCAGCACACUCAGCGAGGCCACAUUGCCCGAGCAACACUCGAAGCAACCUGUUUCCAAACCAGAGCAAUCUUGGAUGCCAUGGAGAAGGACAGUGGGCACAAACUUACCAGUCUUGCUGUGGACGGAGGCAUGUCCAGCUCAAACUUGUGCAUGCAGGCGCAAGCAAACAUCAGCGGCAUCUCGGUCGACCGCCCUGCAAUGCGUGAGACGACCGCUCUUGGUGCCGCCAUCGCUGCAGGCUUUGCUGUUGAUAUCUGGAAAGAGUUUGAGGAGCUCAAGGCUAUCAACCAGAAAGACCGAGUCAUCUUCAACCCAGACUGCACGCCUGAAGUGUCGAAGAAGAUGUACGAGAAGUGGAGUCGCGCAGUCCAGAUGUGCAGAGGCUGGCUGGAUCCCGACGAGGCUGGAGGCGAGUUUGACUGAGAGAUUAGUAUUCCUUUUGCUAGUGAAAGAUACCAAGUUGUGUUUGUUGCGUGGAACUUAUAGAUAUUGAGGAGAAUGAGGUCGCCGACCCGGAAAUGAUAGAAUGUCCACCUUUGCCGCGAGAUGUC